CGGAUUCAAUCUCCCAAAUCAAAAAUUUGUGAAUCUUCGUUUUCUUUCUUUCCGGUUCGCGGGAACUCUCGAAUUCGAAAAUCUCAUAAAAAAACCCUCCCAAUUCUCAUACUAAAAUGCGAACCGUCCCCAAUUUUUCUACCUCAUUCGCUUUCUUCUUCCUCGUUGGAUCGACGAAAACCCCACAGCGAACUUGCAGAGGCAAAUGGAUUCCCUCCAUGGAUUACCUCCUCUCAAAAGGCUCAGAAUUCUUCAAGAACAAGAACGAAAGCGGCAGCAAGCGGACCAAUUGCUCGAUUCAUGCUCCCUCCCAGCAAAGAAGCGAAAGGAGUCUCGUGACUCGUCGUUCCUCUUCCCUGACGCUACAUUGCCUCACAGAACCGCAAUGUCUGCUUCUCCUUACUGCUUGCCGACCAAGAAAAGAGUGUGGGCGCUUCGCCCUGAUUUUGCAUCUGAAUCGCUGGAUCUCAAUGUCGAAUACAAGCCACAUCCGGAGGAAGAAUCGGUUUCGAAAGCGGCACCAGAGAGAGAGGAAAAGGAGAGUGAGAAGGGAAAAGGAAAGGGAGAUGAAAUUUCCGAUGUUGAAACUAACCUAGAAGAAGACGAGGACGAAGACGACGGGAUUCUCUGUGCGAUUUGCCGGAGCACGGAUGGAGAUCCUUCGGAUCCGAUCGUGUUCUGUGAUGGCUGCGAUCUGAUGGUUCACGCUUCGUGCUAUGGAAAUCCUCUGGUAAAGAGCGUACCGGAAGGCGAUUGGUUCUGCAGCCAAUGCUUGGCUUCUUCUUCGUCUUCCAAGACGGAGAAGAAGAUUUCAGAAUCUCCAUUUUCUUGCUGCCUUUGUCCUCUCAAAGGUGGGGCUAUGAAGCCGACGAAAGAUGGCCGGUGGGCUCAUAUUGUCUGCGGCCUCUUUGUUCCUGAGGUGUUCUUCGAGGACCCGGAUGGCCGAGAAGGAAUUGAUUGCUCAAAGAUUCUGAAGAGGAGAUGGAAAUCCAGAUGUUAUAUCUGCAAAACUUCUAGCGGCUGUGCCAUUGAUUGCUCUGAGCCCAAGUGCAAUUUGGCUUUCCAUGUUACCUGUGGGUUGGAGGAGGAUCUUUGUAUUGAAUACCAAGAAGGAAGAAGAUCUGGUGCUAUUGUAGCUGGGUUCUGCAGAAACCAUACUGAUUUGUGGAAGAAGCAACAACUAACAGGGAAGUUCAAGAUUGUGGCCAGAGAUGAAAGGUGAGUUGUAGUUGCUACUGAGAAAACAGCAAAUUAGCUAUGGCCUCAAGUUUAGGAUCAAUGUUUAGAUAUUGCUCUUCCUCUAAUCUGAGAUUGGAAUUUUCGAUUUUUCAGAGGAGGUAUAGAUGUUUUAACUAUUUAAUUAGGUUAGAUAUAGUUUUUUUUAGUAUAAUAAUAUAGAUGAUGAAGAUUUGAAUUCAUAAUCUUUCGAUUGGGAUAUGUCAAUUAGGUGAGUUACUUUGAAGUUGUGUUUAAAUAUUGUUUUUUUUACGUUUUAGAAUUUGUAAUUUUGAUGCUAGCAAAUGACAAAAUUGUA